AUAAACGUCACUGCUUCCUAUCCUCUUUCACGUUCCAUGAUACUAGCAAAAUCUCCCUAACCACAAUGACAUUUAACAAAACCGAACUCCUCCUGCUUUCCUUCUUCUUCACCCUUCACUCUCCAGCAAUAUCUUGGACCACACCUUCAUACGCUGGACGCCAAGGCGAAUGGUGUCUAUUGCAAUCAAACAUAGGCAUAACAGCAAUGCAUAUGCAACUUUUACAUGAUGACAAAGUCGUCAUCUUUGACCGUACAGAUUUUGGCAAAUCCAACAUCUCCCUUCCCGGUGGCCGCUGCCGGAAUGAUAACAAAGACAUGGCUCUUGGGGUAGAUUGCACUGCACACUCCAUCCUCUACGACAUUGCCACCAACUCAUACCGUGCCCUUAUGGUCCAAACUGACACUUGGUGCUCUUCUGGUGCGGUUGUAUCCAAUGGAACCUUAGUUCAAACUGGCGGAUACAAUGAUGGAGACCAUGUAAUACGUACAUUUACUCCAUGUUUCAAUGAAAUUUGUGACUGGACUGAGUUCAAGAACUAUCUAUCACAAAGAAGAUGGUAUGCAAGUGAUCAUAUCUUGCCGGAUGGAAGAAUCAUCAUUGUUGGUGGUAGAAGACAGUUUAACUACGAGUUUUAUCCUUCUCUUUCUGGUACUUUCAAGCUUAAAUUUUUAAGGGAGACUUACGAUCAUAGAGAUGAGAACAAUUUGUAUCCAUUUCUACAUCUCUUACCAGAUGGAAACUUAUUCAUUUUUGCCAACACUCGGUCGAUAUUGUUAGAUUACAAUCAAAAUCGUGUGAUCAGAGAGUUUCCUCGGAUCCCUGAUGAUGUCCCUCGUAAUUAUCCAAGCACAGGAUCCUCAGUUCUACUUCCACUAGAUGAAAACAAUGGCAGGAUUGAAGCUGAAGUUCUGAUUUGUGGGGGUGCACGAAGAGGCUCAUUUCAACGAGCCGCGAGAGGACACUUUCUUCCGGCAACUUCUACAUGUGGACGGCUGGUGAUCACUGACCAAAACCCUAGUUGGGUAAUGGAAACCAUGCCAACUUCACGAGUCAUGAGCGAUAUGCUGCUACUUCCCACUGGCGAUGUCAUUAUCAUCAAUGGUGGAAGAUCAGGCACUGCAGGGUAUGAUUCUGGGAGAGACCCUGUAACUACUCCAGUCAUAUACCGUCCAUCUGAGCACCCUGACUGGCGUUUCUCGACGAUGUCACCAUCAUCAACACCAAGAAUGUACCACUCAUCCGCAAUUUUACUGACUGAUGGGCGUGUUCUUGUGGGUGGUAGCAACCCCCAUCCUGCCUAUAGUUUCACUGGUGUAGUAUUCCCAACGGACUUGAGCUUGGAGGCCUUUUCACCUCCAUACUUAUCAGAAGAGUACACAUCUAUAAGGCCAAGAAUUUUGUCUCUAGACCAGACGUUAGGAUAUGGGAAGAAAUUCUCGGUGAGUUUCCACGUUGACGAGUAUUUAUCAGACAGCGUUCUAUCAGUAAGAAUAGUUGCACCAUCUUUCACUACUCACUCAUUUGCCAUGAAUCAGAGGAUGGUGGUGCUGAGGAUAAUUUCUAUCACUCAUGAGUCGUCUGAUAUGCAUACUUUGAGUGCUGUUGGACCAUCAACAGCUGAGAUUGCACCAGCAGGAUACUAUUUGUUGUUUGUGUUGCAUGGUGAUAUACCUAGUACUGGUGCAUGGGUGAAGACUGGAUGAUGGAGGCGUGGGGAUUUGGAGGGUUAAUUGUUUUGGUUUUGCUAAAGGGUUGCUUUCCUGCAAUUAUGUACUUAAUUAACAAAACACCAGUGCUAAUAUUGUAAUUAAUUAUUAAUUACUAAUACACUACAAAAAAUAUUAGAUUACU